AUGUCUUGGUCUCAAGUUUCCGAACGCCGGUGGGAGCGGCCCGCUAAUGGCAUGGAAGGGUUCUUCGAGGUCAUGGAGAACACUUCUAGCACCAUGUGUGAUGGGCGGCGCCAGUUUACGAUAUUUUCUCGCCUCAAGGUUGACCUGCAAAUCCCAGAUGCAGAAGACGCCCUGCGAUAUGCGUGGAAGCAGUUGCGCUAUGAGCAGCCACAGAUUGCCGUAACUACCGAAGGAUUCAAUAAAAUCUAUGAAGUCCCGGACGAAGCUUCGCUUCAGUCAUGGUUGGAUGAAACGUUCAUCGUAUCAGAUGACGCGGAGGGCGAAACCAUUGGGAAUGACGCCUGCCCCAUCAGCCAAGCAACUCUCUACUAUGUGCCAAAAGCCUCGCAGCUCGUUAUUCGAGUCUCCCAUUCCCUCAUAGAUGGGAUUGGCAUGGUCCGCGUGUGGGAUUCCUAUCUGAAGGCUUUGACCAAUCCAAAGCCAGAUCUGGUGUUUGGCGAGGAAUCCUCUCACUUGGUUCCUGCAUUGGAGAAGGCGUUCGGCCACCCCGAUGUCCUCCCCGAGGAGACGGUAGCCAAAGGCGCUCAGGUCACUCUCGACGCGGUCGGAUCAAUGCCAGGAAUCGGCCCUCGGAAUCGAAUUGGUACGGUCCCAGCCGGACCCGCGCGCAGGCGCGACUUUGAGCUGUCCGAGCAGGCAACCGAAGCUAUUGUGCGGGCAUGUAAGAAGAACGGGUAUAGUGUCAGCGCAGCGGUCCACGCCGCUUUCGCGUUGACGGUGGUCAAGCAUGCCGACCCUGCACAAACCACCGACAAAUCGAAGUAUGUCACCGUGAAUAGCUACAAUCUUCGUUCCUAUCUUCCUGCGCCCUACAAUGAGACGGCAGCGGCUCUCUACUAUUCUAUUCGGCCCUUGGUCCUCGACAAGCCUGAUAACUUCAAGGACCUUGUGCGUGCCAUUGAUGCUGAUUAUAAUGCGGCAUUCAAGAACAAUGCGGAGAAUCUCGUCCUAUGUGGCCCAGUCACUAAUACUCUACGUGAGAUCGUGAAGACUCCGGAGUUCUGGGCCGCGCCUCCCGCCCGGGAUGCCUUGGUGAGCAGUUUAGGUGUUCUCGAGCGCCAUCUGCAACAGUCUUACUCCUCUUCUGAUGGCAGCAGACGCGUCAUUGUGGAAGGCUUCAAGCUCGGCACGGAGAUCAUUCUCGGGCACAGCAUGUUCUUCUUCUAUACAUUCCGCAACCGGCUGCAGAUGGUGUUUAGCUACAACGAAGCCUAUGAGGACGAAGCGCACAUCCAAACCUACUUGGAGGAUGUACAAAAGAUUCUAGUAGAGGAGCUUGUGGCAUAA